UGAAUAGAUAUACGAAUAAAGGAAAUUCAUGAAGCAAAUAAUUAAUAAAAGUUGAAAAAUUUACACGGGACGUGACAAUUCCAUAUUCACGUUUCAACAGAGGCUACCACUAUAUUCUCACCGUCAUCGAUGUAUUAGGGUGCGGUCCCAUGGACUGAUAUUUUCCGCGUAACGCGUAUCGCGUAACCAAUCAGAAACGUUCCGCGUUUUCUGUUACGCUCGUUUUCAAAAGUUGCGUAGUACGCGAGUUUGCGCGACUUAUGUGAGCGUGGUAUGGCGUGGUACUCAGGCGACAUGGAGGCAUCUCAAAUAAAAUGUGGUUAUUGUAGUUGGCUGCUAGCAUAUCAUUGUAAAAAUAUAUUGGAACAUGAAUGUUUUAAAGAAUACAAUGAAAAUGUUCAUGCUUUGAACAUCGACGAAAAUAAUGUAGCUACUAUUGUGAACAAAUUUGAUGAAGAUGACCUAUUGUCUCAAGAUACAGACUGCAAUGAACUAUCAUCUCAGAGUUUAAAUACAGACUUUGAUGAACGUUUAAUAACGGCAGUACUAGAUAGACCACCAUUAUAUGAUCAUCGAUUAAAUGUUAAAGAAAGAUCUAAACUAAAAAAGGCAGCAUUGUGGGAGGAAGUAAGAAAUGCCAUUAAUAGUAACAUUAGUACAAAAGAAUUACAAAAGAAAUGGAAGUAUCAUCGUGAUUGUUAUAUUCGCGCAAGAAAAAAAGGAAAACAGUAUGUUCCAAGUGGAUCUAGUGCAGCUUCAACAGAUGUAAGAAGUACUUAUAGAUUUUUUGAUCUAAUGAGACCCUUGGACGAUACAUUUCAGACUACAUCAACAAUAAGCACAUUGAUAAAGAGCACACCUGAAAAAAUAUCUGUAAAGGAAAAAGAAAAAAGAAGUAAGGACUUAUCCGAUUGUUCAGAUGUUGAGUCAGAAAUAUGUUCUGAACCGUCAACUUCAUUUCAAAAUUUUGAUAAUACUUCAUCAUUAACUUCAACAUCAACUUCAUCAGCUAAAAAACGUAUGUAUAAUUAUGUGUUACGUCCCGGGCGCGCGGGAGGGGCGGCGUUGCCGAUAUUCUCCCGUAGCCGGAGAAGAGGGGGAAAAAGGUUAGAGGAACAGAGUCGAGCGGUCCACCGUUCCUCUGGAAUUUAAGUAGUGGCAGGCAAAUUCGGGAAAUUUUCACGAUAAAACAAAAAAAAAACAAAAAAAAA